AUGGUGCGGAACAAAGCAUUCGUCUACAAGGAGACUCCCAAUGGAUGGCCUGUUCCGGGUCAGGACCUCGAUGUCGAGGAUAUCGGGUUCGAUGAGGCUGCACCGCCUCCGAAAGGCGGCUUGACCACCAAGAAUUUAUAUGCCUCCUUCGACCCCGGGCAACGAGGACACAUGCGAGACCCAAAAAUCCCCUCGUACAGCCCGGCCAUGCAGACUGGCAAACCUGUGAUCUCGGUGAUCGUGAUGGGGAAGGUUCUGAAGUCUGACCACCUCGAAAUUAAGCCAGGAUCCAUCGUCAUGAUCCCGAGCGCCUACACGGAGCAGUACUCCACCAUCUCAGAGUCGGUCGCCAAUAACGUGCAGGUGAUUGAGCCGCAAGAAGGUGUCCCGUUGACCGCGUACAUGGGUAUCUUGGGGAUCACAGGAUUGACCGCUUACGGCUCCCUACACGAGGUCGCGCAACCACGGAAGGGAGAGGUGAUUUUGAUCUCGGCCGCGGCGGGUGCUGUAGGUCAAGCAGUCGGCCAAAUCGCACUAAAAGAAGGGUUACAUGUGAUCGGAUCGGUCGGAGACGACAAGAAACUUGAUUUUAUCGUGAACGUGCUCGGCUUCAGCGCUGGCUUCAACUACAAGAAAGAAAAAAUGGACGACGCGAUUAAACGACUCGCUCCGGAUGGGUUGGACAUCUACUACGACAAUGUGGGCGGCGAACUCCUAGACGUGGCUUUGAACAACAUGAAGACCUUUGGGCGAAUUGUCGCCAGCGGCUCCAUCUCCACAUACAAUGCCUCCCCCGCGCACCCGAUCUACGGGGUCGCGAGUUAUUCCCAAGUUGUCCGUCGCCGCAUUCGGUGGCAGGGCUUCCUUGUUUUCGACGAAAAUAUCCAGAAAUGGUCCCGAGAACGAGACCGGAAAGUUGUGGAGUGGAUUCGGGACGGUAGCUACAAAAGCGUCGACCACAUCACCCAGGGGAUCGACAACGCCGUUGACGGUUUCUUGGGUAUCGGACGUGCCACGGCCUUUGCAUUUGCAGCCCAUGGAUCGAAAAGGCUUGCCCUGUUGGAUAUCAACCCGAAGCUGGAGGAUACGGCAGUGGAACUCCGGUCACAAUAUGCAGACAUCAACGUCUUGACCAUCCAAGCCGACUGUGGCAAGGAGGAAAGUCUGGUGCAGGCAAUCUCCACGGUCGUGGCCAAGUUCGGCCGUAUCGACUAUGCGGUCAACAAUGCCGGCAUCCCGGGCGUCCUAGGUCCUGCCACGGAAUAUAAGACCUCGGAUUUCAAAACCGUCCUCGACGUGAACCUGACCGGGCUGUGGAUCGCCCAGCGCGAACAGAUCCGCCAGAUGGUCAAGCAAGACCCUCUCCCAAACUCCCUGGGCGUCCCGGGCAGUCGAGGCGCCAUCGUCAACACUUCGAGCGUCAUGGGCCUGACCGGCUCCCCCGACGAGUUCGGCGCGACGGCGUACUCUGCGACCAAACAUGCAGUGCUCGGGUUGACCAAGUCCGAGAGCAACAUGUACAGCAGCCAGGGCGUUCGGAUCAAUGCCGUCUGCCCCGGCUUCAUUGAGACCCCGUUGCUUCGGUUCGUUGGAUCUGAGGAAGUCACCAAGCAGACGCUGCCGAUGCGGAGAUUCGGCGAUCCAGCCGAAGUUGCCCAGGUGAUUUCAUUCUUGGCCAGUCCCAUGAGCAGCUACGUGACCGGGGCCAGUGUGACGGUCGAUGGGGGCUUUCUAUCUUAA